AUGAAGGUCUCCGUGGUUGCCCUCGCCGUCCUGGUUGCUGCCUUCUGCUAUCAGAGCUCUGCUGCACCAUUUGGCUCCGACCCCCCGACCUCCUGCUGCUUCUCCUACUUCUCCCGGCAGCUGCCCCGGAGCUUCGUGGUGGAUUAUUAUGAGACCAACAGCCAGUGCCCCCAGCCAGGCGUUAAGGGCCGGCAAGUCUGUGCCAACCCCGAGCAGGAGUGGGUCCAGCAGUACAUGAACGACCUGGAGCUGAACUGA